CUCAUAGAGGCAGAGGCUGCAGUCAGUGUGGAGGCUGCUGACACCCAGCACAGCAAGGGGGCAGGGAAGCAGCCCACAGCAGAUGCUGCCCAGACCCACUGGUGCACAAGGAGAGCCCCUGCCCUGAGAUUGCAGAGCAUGUCCCAGAGCUGUGCACUGAGUGAUCCAUGCUCUGCACACUCUGCAAGAAGAAGGCUCAGCUGCUGCACAGCCUCACUGCAAACUUGCUGAGAUUAGGGCAGGCUGCAACUUUCCCUGCAUAGGAAGAGGCUGCAGCUCUCCUCACCCCACUGCUUGGAGCCCACCACAGCAGAGCACAUUCUCAGAGGGGUUGGGGGGCUGUCAGGAGCAGGGAGCUGGGGUGGACUUUCCAGCUGGUGACAGAUCCCACCAGAGCGCUCAUCCUCCUGCAGGCUGCAGUGUAGAGACACACAAGGAAGGGGGCGUGGAGCUCCUAAAUUGUAACCAGUGACAGUGACAACUCUUAUAUGGACUGAGAUGGCCUCUGAUCUGGCUAUGAGCGCAGAGUUGCCCAACAGCCCACUUGCCAUAGAGUAUGUCAACGAUUUUGAUCUGAUGAAAUUUGAGGUGAAGAAGGAACCCCCAGAAGCUGAGAGAUUCUGCCACCGCCUGCCUCCCGGAUCUUUGUCUUCCACCCCAAUGAGCACCCCUUGCUCCUCGGUGCCUUCCUCCCCCAGCUUCUGCGCCCCCAGCCCUGGGGCGCAGUCCAACGUAAAUCCAAAUAACCCCAACGCUGCCAACAAGCCCCAGCUGGAGGACCUGUACUGGAUGUCUAACUACCAGCACCACAUCAAUCCAGAAGCCCUCAACUUGACUCCAGAAGAUGCUGUGGAGGCACUAAUAGGUAACCCCCAUCACCAUCACCACCACCACCAGGGCUACGAUGGCUACAGGGGUCAGCAGUACCCAGGGGAUGAGAUGGCACCAUCUAGCCACCACCACCCGGUCCAUCACCAUCAUCACCACCACAACCACCACCUCAGGCUAGAAGAGAGGUUCUCAGAUGAGCAGCUGGUCAGCAUGUCUGUGAGGGAACUCAACAGGCAGCUGAGGGGCUUCAGCAAAGAGGAGGUCAUCCGCCUCAAGCAGAAGAGAAGGACCUUGAAGAACAGGGGCUAUGCCCAGUCCUGCAGGUACAAGCGGGUGCAGCAGAGGCAUAUCCUGGAGACAGAGAAGUGUCAGCUCCAGAGCCAAGUGGAGCAGCUCAAACAAGAAGUGUCCAGGCUGGCCAAAGAGAGGGAUCUGUACAAAGACAAGUAUGAGAAGCUGGCCAGCAGAAGCUUCACCACUAGAGAGUCCCCACAGCAGUCUAACCCUGGCAAAGGUACUGCUGACUUCUUCAUGUGAACUUUCCACCCCCUGACACCCAGUGUGCAGACCUGUACAUAGAGGUAAAGGACUUGUAGUAACAAUACAGUAACUUAUGCAUUCUUCCCCAACUCUGUCCAACUACCGCACAUUUGAUCCAUCCUACCUAGAUUGUGACGGGCCAUGGGGGAAACAGCCGUAUUUUAAUUUCUAGAGCUUUGCCAUGGCGAAACGAAUUAACCCUUCGCGUCAUACAUUGAAUUGUGUAUAUAUCUGACAUGGACAUCUACAUUUUUUUAUUUUAUUUUUUAGCAGAGGGGGUCUUAAACUGCCCCCUCCCUAUAUUUUGGACUGCUUAUUGAGCCAGAACUGAAGUCUUAAUUUAUUGGCAAAGUCAAGGUUAUAUUAGAGUAAACUAAAGAAACAUGCAGAGCAAUACCAGUAGAUAAGGUAGCAUUGAAGCGGAAAAAGGAAGACCAUUGCACCUCUUCGGGACUGAGUGACCGGCGUCCAGACCUGAAUGGACGUACAGAGUAACCUUCAAGGGUCUCAACAAAACUGUGCAAUUUCUUUGGGUAUUUAAAUAGACAUUUUAGCAUUCCUGCAUGCAGGUCAUGUAUGGCAAUACAAGGUACCCUUUUCUACUUGUCCAGACGAGGAUGCAUGACGUAGAUUGUUUGUUUUUAUUUUCUCUCUGUUUUUGUCCUUUUUUUCGGCUUGUUUACUUUGGUGUAUGAUGAACCCUUUCUCCAAAAAACAAACUAAAAAAAAAAAAAAGACAAAAAACUGUGCAUCUUGUAAAUGACCCAAACACUCAAAGUCUUAAUACUCUUCCUGGACUCCUUAUCUCAACCUCCAGUUGGAAUAUGGGACACUUAAUCCAGUAACAUUUCUCUUAUUUGAGGACUUCCUUCAGCUUGAGUGUAGCAAUUUUUACUCCCAUCUGUAACCUUUCCCCCUUGUCUAUAUUUUAUUUAAAUUGAAGCUGAGCCACAUACAUUUUAUUAUUUAAGGUGUCCUCUUGUACAUAAUUGUAGACUUUAGUUCGUUUUAAUGCCUUUUUUUUCUGAGCCUAUAUUUUGCUUGUUGACUUAAAUGACUUAAAAAAAAAAACACGACACAAAAAAAGAAAACAAAAAAGUCUUAAGAAAAGUUUGUAUGUAAUAGCAUGCAAAUACUAUUUAAAUAAACAAGUACAUUAAUGUCGAAUUGAAAGCCUAAUGCACUAUAUAAAGGAGUCAGUGGGAUACAUCAUAUUGUUGUUUUAUAGAGAUUUAAUUAAAUAAAUUAUCUAUGCUGUUAAAAUGUUGAGUAAUAAACAUACAUUCUAAGAUACCCUAAUGGGGUGAUAUAGUAAUAUAUGAAUUAAUUAUUGGGCUGCUUUCUAUUCUAUGCACCGGUCUUAUUUAUGAAUUUAUCCUUGGGAAACAAAUGUUAUUUAAAUUCUUAUGCUCAUGAAGAAUAUUUCUGCUAAAAAAAAAACAGGAAAAAAACAAAAACAAACCACCAAAAAAUUUUGGAGAAAAAAAAUGUACUUGCAAAAUAAUGCUUAAGAAUGUCAAGUUAACUACAACAAAGCUAAUUAUAAAUUCAAAGUACUGAAUUAGCAGAUUUAGAAGUUGUUUCUCCGGUGACUUUUUUUGGAAUUUCUGCAGGAUAUUGAGCCAUGAAUUGUGCAUUUUGAGGCCUGAGUUUUGACAACUUAGAGUUUUUUAAUGUUGCAUCUUUAAAAUAAAUCCAUUUAGCUGAGUCCAUUUUUUUUUUUGUAUAAACUGCUCUAAAAACAGGUAUUACUGUGGAAAUGUACGGAAAUACAGAAAUAAAAAAAACAAAAAGAUA